AUGGUAACUGGCGUUGUUGCCUAUGCGGAUGAGAAUUUGGGCCAGGAGAUGAUGAGCCAUGAGCAAUGGUCUGCGGCCAUGUUCCAUCAAAUUCCAAACAAUCCUAUGCUACCACAAUAUUGCAUUACAAACAUGCAGCCACCAGAUUAUUUCUGCCAUGAACCAAUUUGUGACAGUCCUUUCUUGUACCAUGAUCAUCACAUGUGGCAAAAUCAGGAAAACAAUGCACUACAAUAUAAUGAUGUACAUGAACCCACAAAAAUUUCCAAUCAAUCUCUGGUAGCUGAGGUGAUCCUAAAACCUUUUCUAUUCUUAGCAAUUGUUCCAAAUAAAUCGAAGAACACAACAGAGUCUAAGAUUCGAUUCAUUGGUCACGACACGCAUGAGUUUCGUGUUUGUCAACAAACGAAUAUUUCAACAAGGAGAAAUCGCGUUUGUCACAAACAGAACCUUGACCCCGCAUAUUUUAUUUGUCCUUUAGAAAAUCGGUUUAGGACAGUGGAGAGAGUACCGUGCAUAAGUUCAAGAAUAGCUGAUAUACCAGCAGAUGAGUAUUCAUGGAGGAAGUAUGGUUCCAAACCAAUUAAGGGAACACCACAUCCAAGGGGUUAUUAUAGGUGCACGAUGUCUAAAAAUUGUCCAGCUAGGAAAAGGGUGGAGAAAGCAAAGGAUGAUCCAAAUAUACUGGUUGUAACGUAUGAGUUUGAGCAUCACCACCAGUCCUUCGCCGAUACGGUUGCUAGCUGGGGAGCAUAUAUUCAAUCACGUAACAUAAUAACAUUAUCAAUUGCAACAAGGGACACACAUGAAGCACAUGUUCCUGCAUUGAUUGGUGUCUUAGCCUCCAAGAGGUUACCAUUCCAUUCAAGAGCUUUUGACAAACAUUGAUUGGAACAUAUCAUGAUUGGUAAAUAUGUUAUGUUACGCGCGCUUGUUCACCAGGUAAAUAUGAUCCAUAACGAUGUUGGUGCAGCCUUUGGAUUCAAUAUGUACCAACUCAGGUUAUAUUGCGGCAAGUAACAUUACGCACCUCCAGUGCAGAACUGAUAACACUUGAUCAAGUAUAAUAUAUUUGUAUGUGAUCUUCCUCGCAGACCCAUAUGCUCCUUUCCAUAUCUUGAUUCCAGUCCAUUUGAAGUAAAAGCGAGGUGCAAUCUAUUACGAGGCUACCUCGGUUAUAUUGACGAGAGCUUGAGCCAUGGAAUCGUCUCCAGUUUCCAGUUUCCACGCAAACCCACUUGUUCACAACAGUUUGCAACCUUAGAUCUAAAUAGACUUCUUUUCCAACGCAACAUUGGUUUUGAUUGAACCAUUUAUCACAUAUUAAUCAAUAUUCAAUGUUAUAUUUCCGUUGUAAUUUCCUUGAUUAAUUAGUUAAGACCUUAUCUUA